CAUGCAAAUACUUCAUUUGUUACCCUUUGGCACACCAAUUUUCAGAUAUGGAGAACAUUUUGUGUUAUAUUAUUGAGAUAUCAUCUGUUGGUAAGCUGAUUGUCAUCUGUAUUAGCCAGUAUAUGAUGGUUCUUUUACCAGUUUGGAUGAGAGUGGAUCUGUGAUAGUUGCUAAACAGAGAACAUAGAAGUACAUAAUAUAUUUUUUUCAUACUUGUCAGAUUCUUCAUUAAAGUCAUGAAUGUAAUCGUUAAAUGAUUUGUUCUCACAAUUUGUUUACAUAUAUCAUCAUUAAUUAUCAAAUGUUAACAGCAAAAUUAAGUGAUUAAAAUAUGACUGCAUUUUUUUACAGUGAAAUGUAGGUACAGCAAACUUCAUUGUAUGUAGAAAGUUUGUUGGAAUGUAAUUUUGUAAGAAAAAUAUAUAUAACAUUUUCUUGCAGACUGUAGUUAUGUGUAUCGCUUAUGAAUGAACAUGUGUUUGAAAAGUGUAUUUAUUUGGUGCUGCAUUAUUGCCUGUGAUUUGCAGGUCUUCGUAGAGAUAUCAUAUUUGAAUUGUAAUUAUUUUUAAAACACAAGUUUAGUUAUGAAGUGUUUUUAAGCAUUUCUUGUAACUGCUUUGCAUUCAGGAUAGCAGCUACAUUUUUUGUCUCUUUGUCAGUCAGUUAGUCUAUCAUUUGUGCUGCUUCGAUUCUCUGUUUAUCCCGAAGUCUGUAUGUAAAGGUCCAACAUUGGUUUAUAAAAUUUCAAUUCGUUUGUCUGUUGUAAUGUCUGUUAAGGACACAAUUAAUUGUAUUUUAUUAUCUUUUGAUGCUAAUGUUAUAUUGAAGACAGUUCCCAUCGACGUGCGCGCUACAAAGGACGAGGUUUGUUACGCAGCAGCCCUGAGGAGAGCAGAGAUUGCUUUCGAACCGUUGGCAGAAAUGGUUUAUUCACCAUUCAGCCACCUGUCGCUGCUCCUUACCCGAAAUUCUUUCAUCAACUUCAGUUGCCGCGAAAGCUUCACUUUAAUGUAAUAAUAUUUCUUUAUUGGGAUGCAGUGUUCAAUUCCAACUUCACCAGAAUUUGGUUCCAUAUUUCAGAUGUUGGUAGAAUCGUAAGAAUGGGGCGAAAAGUUGUGGACUUGGAAGGAUUUCGAAAUGUUCGGAGAGAGUGGUUUUAUGUAAUUAAGUCUGCAUUAAACGAAGGACUCGCGUAUUCAUAGUUUUCAGAUGAUGUAAUAUAAUGACAAGUUUAUGUUGUUGGAUUGAACCGAACUUGGUUCUGUAUUUGGAAAGUGAAGGCAAAACCGACGUAUUUGAGACUGUGUUAAAGCGCAGAAUUCUUUAGAAUCUGAUAAUAUUGAUAUCCCAAAAGUACGUUUGUAAAUAACGUAAAAAAGAAUUUACAAUCUUUUCGUUAAGCGCCCUCGUGAAAAAUUCUAAUGUGAUAAAUGCACAGAAUUAUUUCCGAGAACAUUUCAGAACAAGAAACUACAUUGCAUGUGACGGGAUGACAGAGCACGUGGUUCAUGAGUGGCUAGCCGAUUACAGUGCGCUCAGCCCUGUUGAGGUGCAUAGCUUUGCUAGCAGUCUGGAGCACGACCAGGAGGUAGUGGCAGCUCUGUACACAGUUCUUGAGGAGCGCAGCAAAUAUCAGGAGUUGAUUGAUCCUGUAUGCAACCAGCUGUUUGGAUUCUACCGUUCCCGUGAAAUAGAACUACAAAGGUUCACACUCCAGUUUCUGCCCACACUCAUUUUUGUGUACCUGAAUUCUGUUGCGCACGGGGAUAAAAAGCUCUUAUUUCAGAGCUGUCGCAGCGUUGAAACACUGCUUGUUGGGUUGUACAACCUAGAAGUGGUGGAUGAAAUUGGUCAGCCGAAGGUUGUGUCAUUUCGGCUUCCAUCACUGGCACAAGCUUCCAUUUAUCAUGAGCCAAUGAGCCUCGCACCAUGUUCUCUGACAGAAAGUGCAUUGCGGAGGCUAGAAGAAUGCAACACAAAACUGGUGAGCUGGGGACCACUUCCUCAGGUCGAGGCACUUAAUGCUCAGAAUAGGCUCAAAGUCAUGACAGCUCUCCUCUUUGUUUAUAACCAUCAGCUUAGUCUGCUACACAAGUCAGCUCUGGAGCAUGUCUGCAAAGUGUCUUCCAAGUUGGUGACUCAGGGUUUCCACAAGCCAGGCCAUCACCAGCGCUCAUCAUAUGGGUCAAGCGACUUGAGUUUCGUUCCACGCCUGUUGCCACGAAUCCCUGUGAGCUCACAAUUCCUUCUGGAGCUGCUUCAUGCUGUGUACUUUGCCAUGUUUAAUGACUUCAGUUACAUUGCCACUCAAGCUCUUGAGGAUAUCUACGGCCGCGCCUGUCACGAGGGAUAUGCGCAGGUGGUGCUGGUCACUAGUGCUAUCCGAAACUCGCUUCACGUGAACCCGUCAGGCCAGCCUGGUGAUGGACCAAUGGGGAUCAGUGUAGCCUUGUCUCCUGCUACCACUACUGUCACCACGGUUUCAAAGUCAAUGAUUACUAAUGCCUCAUUCCGCACCAAGAAACUGCCAGAUGAUAUACCCAUCCAGGUAGCAAAAGAUGAGUCUGGAGUUACAGGGGGUGAGGGAAAGAAUCUUACAUCCAUAUCAGAAGAACAGGAAGAGGAACGAAUGACACCCCGAGGAAGUUCACUUAGAGGAGGUAAGAACCUGCCAAAACUGCCAAACUUUCCAGGUUUGGGUAAGAAGGCCAAGGCUGCAGCUGGAGGUGGUGAUGUGGGUGGGAAGAAGGCUCAACCAGGUAUGAAGCCUGUAGCUUGCAAUGGGGAUUCAGAGCCAGAGAAGAAACCUGCAGCUACCAUAAGCGCAGAGAAUACGAACGGGCCUCUUUCGCUGGAUGGAAAUGGCACUGCCAAUGGAAGCAUAAGCUCAGAACAGGAUCGAGCCAUUUCCGAGUUAAGUGAGCUGAGUGGACCGUCUGACACUCAGUCUCUGGUUACGGCAGACUCCAUCGACCUGGAUGAUGCUACGACACUGCUUACGGUACGCAAAAAGCCUUCUUUGGAGUUAGAAAAUCGAGCUGCUCUCCAGGUGAGCUCUGUGUAAGGUGGCUGCCAGACCAGACCAUUCCAAUAAUAAGAGCAGACUCUUUUCAUAUGGGCUGUUGCUUCUAGUGCUGCCACAUGUACAAAAUCAAGUUUUCUGUCUGUUAUUCCACACAGGCGUGUAAUAUAAUUAAUUCGUUUCUUUCUGUAAGAUGAUAGUAAUGGCCGUUUGUUGAAUAGGAUUUGAGAUUCUCACCAGUGAGUGUGAAGAUGGCUAUCAUCAGAGUUGUAGCACUGCGUAGUCUGGUAGAUGUUUACCAACGUUUCACAGUUCCUUGCUGUCGUCAUCAUUACCCUGUUGAUGCAGGCGGGUAGAAUCUCUGAAACAUUGGUAAACUUCUAUCAGACUGCACGGUCCCCGGAAGGUAGCCAUUUCGUGGAAGUUUGUUGGUUAUUUCCUUGGACAAAAGUUUUAAAUUUGCUGUAACAGUAGUAAUGAUGAUUAUGAUGAUGGUGGUGCUUGUGAGACAGCGACAGAUAGCCUGUGACAUGGCAUGAAAAUAACAGUGAUGACGAUGGCGACCGCGGAACAGUGCUGAUACUGCUUUUUGGUGCUGGAACUAUGUGGAAGCUGGUUGUGUCGAUGAUAUUUAGAGGACAUACUGCCUUUAUCAGGGUGGAUAAUUAUAGGCAGUGUGCCAGCUUCCACAUAGUUGCAGCACAAAAGUGGGAUCAACAUCAGUAAGUCACUGUGAGAGCUUAAAAUCAACAACAGCGAUAACAGCUGAUGAGUAACACCAAUGAUGUGGUUGUCCAUUUUUAUGUACGUUAGUCCAGUACACGCACAUCAUAGUCACUGUGCUGUUGUGGUGAAGCGAAGUGUAUUGACAGAACGGCUAAUGCUGAUUUUGUAACGCGUACAAGAGGACAUUGCCGAGAAGCAUCACUGUCCUAUUAACUGCGAUACUGACUGUUCUUAAUGCCACAUGGAUCAUAUUUGUUUCUUAGGUGUUUGAUAUUGUUUCUCAAAAAAGAAAAAAAUUUCGACGCUGUUGAGUCAUUUGAUAAGAUCAUUAUAAAGUUUUGUGGGGUGAUGUUCUGCAUGAUUGAGUUAUUGCAACUAUCAAAUAUUUACUGCGUGAAAGAAUUAUUGGCACAUCUUCAUUCGGGUUUGGUUUCGUUUCGUAGUUGCUACUCCGUCGGUUUUGCUAUAUUUCGAGCACCAUUACUUUUCUUGACCAUUUCAUUUGAUGUCACUGAAUUUAAAUCCACAAAUUAUGAAUAAAAGAAAUUUAUAUACUGUACUAUAUAUAUUAUAAUAUGUAUGUAUAUAUAUUGAAAAGAUCUUUCCUGAACAUAAGUCAGGUAAUUUAGUAACAUAAGCAGCUUUAUUCGUUGAUAGAAAGUCGGCCCCUUCAUAUUUUUUAGAAGGUUAUGCAUUUAAGAAUGAUGUAAUUUAAAAACCAUUAUAUGUCUUUAGGUUAUGUAAAUAACUCCUAUGAAUUUUUCUUCAAAAUUCUUAUUUUGUUUUCAUUUUAGAUUAUAAUUUUGCAGCACAGUCAUUUACCCUUUGUGUCACUGGACAUUUAAAUACACUGCUUCUCAGGGCAGAGAUCUUAAAUUUCACAUCCUAGUGAUGAACUCACUGCUUAAAAUUGAAGUAUCUUUUGAUCUAAUGAAUGGAUAUGUUUGAAAUUUUGUUGGGUAUGUACUUAAAAACAUGCAGAAUUUAACUGUGUUUCUAAAACUUAUGUAUGGUUAUUCAUUGGCUCAGUAAUUCAUUUUCAAAGCAUUCCCUGCGCUCCGUGCAGUAGUACACAGUCUCAUCCUUUCUGUCAUGCUUGGUUGAUACAACAGACAUUUGCAGUCUUGAAUUUUUCACGUUGGUUGCCCUUUU